AUGGGCACAAAUCACUUGGCAGGUGUUCUAGAGCUAAUCAAAGGUAUCGAUCUACCCCUCAAUACCUCAACGUCAACGAUAAAAUUAUACCUUUGUCAAUGUGUUACGCUACUUUUUCUUUUCAGAUUCUCAACACCAAAGAACUCAUCUAGAAUCAAUCAACUAACGAAUCUCGCUAUAUUAUUUGAAAUAAUCUUAUGUAUCAUCACUAAUGCUGCAUCAUACUUUAUUGUUUCCACUGAGAGUUCACAAUACUUUACGAUUGACUUGAAAUUUGCCAUUGCCAUUCAAGUGAUUAUAAUAUAUGGAUUGUUUGUUACUGAUCUACUAGUUGCAUUUAUAUCAAGUACUAACAGAUCAGACAAACAACAACAAGAAAAAGAAGAGGAAGUUUAUGUGAGUUUACACCAAAAUCCAGAGUGGUUGGGAUAUCUAUGUCAUUUAAACAAUGAUUUCCUUAAGAUUAUACUCAGUUAUAAUUUUAUUAUGAUCAAUGAUCUUGAGGUAAAUACGACUUUGAAAAUGGUUGAAUUUGGAAUCAAGUUGUAUUGUUUAUGUAUUAUGUUGAGAUAUGAAUUUAAAAAAGAGGAUGAGCAGCAUGAGAUGGUCAGUGACGUUGGAGAAAAGGUUUGA